GCAGAAGUAUCAUCAGCACAAAAUCUUCAUUUUGAUGAGGAAAAUUUUCCGUCCUGGUGAUGAAAAGUUAGCGGCAGCUGACAAGAAAAUUUUCUGCUCUACCGACUGACCGGCGGCCGAUCUGUUACCGACCUUCGAUACCGACUCAUGAUAAUACCCCGGGAACUUCUUUAUCUGGUGGCUCGCUGCCGAUAUUUAAAAAAAAACAAAUGACUGUAAAGGUAACCGUCAGUUACAAUCAUCAUGCUGCUUAGCCACGACUGCGAAUUAAAAAGCGAAACUGCUCCUAUACCCCACAGAACCCGUUUUCAAAAGUACGUGCAUCAGUUCCGUAAAAUAUUUAUGGCUUCGACGAAAAACCCGCGGGCGCAUCGCUACCUCAGAAAUCACAGCGCGAUUAUCAAUGAAAAGCGUCUCCACUUACGGAACAACACGUGGAUCAUUCAUCCCUUCAGUAUAUUUCGUCAAUGGUGGGAUUUCUUGAUCAUCAUUCACUUGGCAGCGAGCUUGCUGUUCAUUCCCUACCGAGCGGCGUUCGAUAUCCAUCGAUCCCGAUCGUCCUGGGGCGUGAUCAAGAACUACCUGUUGGCUAUCUGCUGCCUUGAUGUCUUCUUUAACUUCAUAACUGGAUACUAUGACGAAGCACGAGGGCAGGUAGAAAUGACCUGGAGACGAGUGUCAAGGCACUAUUGUCAUUCCAGCUCGGUUCCCGACAUCUUGGGAUCGUUCCCCACGGACUUGGUCUUCUUGGCUCGGUUUCAAAUCGAUGGGGAGCCUCUAGAUGUCCUACAGAAGCUAGCAAGUCUGAUGCACAUCUUCCGGAUCUUUUCGACCCACUCGUAUCUGAUCAGAGUCGCGGAGACCUAUGAUGUCUCUCCAGGUUACUUUGGGAUCUUUUGCUUCAUUCCUCUGCUGAUGGUCAUCCUUCACUGGCUAUCCUGCAUCACGUGGAUCGUCCCCGUGGUGAUGACUUCGAUUUCCUUGAUACGCCAGCCAGUUCCUGGAUCCUGGAUCAACCAGAAUGGGCUAUGGGAGAGAACGGGCAACGAAGCCUACUGGGCGAGUUUGAUAAGAACAGUGACGAUUUUAACGAGAUCUGGAGUACUGACCAACGAGAUGCAGACCGCGGAAGAUCAGUAUGUGGUAAUGAUCCUACAGUCCUUCAGCAUGUUGGUUCUCUGCUAUAUAAUCAGUCACGCAAUGAGACUCUACAAGGCACGUAACUCUUCCCAGUUGAAGUAUCAAGCGACAGUCGCUCAAUUGCAGAAAUACAUGCGGCAUAAACAUCUUUCCCGUUUGGCUCAAAGGCGAUUUCUCACUUACUAUGAGUUCCGGUUCCAGAGGAGGUUUUUCCGGGAAUCGGAGAUACUGGGAACUAUUUCAACGCAAAUGCGUCAAGAGAUUAGGAUGCAUGCCUGCAGGAAACUGGUUGAGAAUGUGGCGUUCUUCAACAAUCUACCAGUAGGACUUUUGACCCGGAUCGUGGGUCAGCUGAUCCCGGAAGUGUUCCUCACCAACGAUGUCAUUGUCAGGGCCAAUCAACCAGGCGACUGCAUGUACUUCAUUGCAACGGGCACGGUCGCUAUCUAUGGGCUCUCGGGGACCGAAAUUUGUCAUCUGGAAGACGGUGCCCAUUUCGGAGAGGUCGCUAUGGUCAUGCCCAAUGAACGUCGGGUCGCGACUGUCGUUGCCGUUGAAGUCUGCGAGCUCUACAAACUGGAGAGAAGUGAUUUCAUGAGGACUAUUUACCCAUAUCCGGUUUUGUGGGAGAGAAUUAAGAAGAUUGCCGUCGAAAGGCACGAGAAGACUUUGACUAUUGACGCGCGUUAG